AUGGUCUCUCAAUUAUUCCAAGAAAAAGCCGAGGCUGUUAACAACCUAUCCACCACCCCCUCCAAUGACGAGUUGCUUGAGCUCUACGGUCUGUACAAGCAGGCCACCGUCGGAGACAACAACAAGGAACGCCCAGGCAUGUUCAACUUGAAGGACAAGUACAAGUGGGACGCGUGGGAAAAGCUCAAGGGCAUGACCCAGGAGGAAGCCGAGCAAAAGUACAUCGAAUACGUGGACCAAUUGCAGGCCAAGUACGCGUAA